UCCAACAGUAUUCCCAAACCCCUCUCUAGUCCCAUAGCAUUCAGGUUCUUGAUGUGACUCAACAUCAAUUACAGCAGAGGUUUAUCCCAGGCCAAGCAAACUCUGAUUUGUGACUCCUGUGCAUUGUCAUCCUCGUUCCUGGCGGUCGGCGUGAAGUCGGCAGUGCUCAGGGCUGCUCCUGUGGGUUUUCCCAGCCCUGUGAUGAGUUCAGCUCCGUGCUUAAGCCGACAGCUGAGUUCCAGUACCUUGGGCACGUCCAGCAGUGCUGGCUCAGUCCGUGGAAGGAAGUCAGAGAGGCUCCAGCUGGAUGGAUAACUAGCGGCCGGCGUCCCGCUGCCCAACGGAGAUAAGGGGCUGGUCAAAACCAGGGGAAUUUUUAGACUCUCUCCCAAGUGUCGCCUGUCUUUUGUUUGGCACAGGACUUGUCAUGUCUCCCUUCCUGCGUAUUGGUUUGUCCAACUAUGACAGUGGCCCUUACCUGCCGUCCCAGGGGGAGGUGAUUAACCCCUACUGCGCCGUGAUGGUUAAAGAAGCCGUGGAGUCAGAGAAUGGCCAAGUGUAUGUGCAGAAGAAGCCCACCAUGUACCCACCCUGGAACAGCACUUUUGAUGCCCACAUCAACAAUGGCCGGGUCAUGCACAUCGUGGUCAAGGACAAAAGUGCUGAAAUGGUCUCAGAGACCACAGUGGAGCUGAAGGUGCUGGCAGAGAGGUGCAAAAAGAGCAAUGGGAAGACAGAGAUAUGGCUAGAACUGAAGCCUCAAGGGCGAAUGCUGAUGAAUGCAAGAUACUUCCUGGAAAUAAGUGAUGCGAAGGACCUGGCUGACUGUGAGACUGAAGGCUUCUUCUCCUUGCACCAGCGCAGGGGAGCCAUCAAACAGGCCAAAAUCCACAACGUCAAGUGCCACGAGUUCACAGCCACCUUCUUUCCACAGCCCACCUUCUGCUCUGUGUGCCACGAGUUUGUAUGGGGUCUGAAUAAACAAGGCUAUCAAUGCAGACAAUGUAACGCUGCCAUUCAUAAGAAGUGCAUUGAUAAAGUAAUAGCCAAGUGUACAGGAUCAGCAGUCAAUAGCAGAGAAACUAUGUUCCACAAGGAGAGGUUCAAGAUCGAUAUGCCCCACCGCUUCAAAGUGUACAACUACAAGAGCCCCACCUUCUGUGAGCACUGUGGCACCCUCCUCUGGGGUCUGGCACGGCAGGGGCUGAAGUGUGAUGAGUGUGGCAUGAAUGUCCACCACAAGUGCCAGGCAAAAGUAGCAAAUCUUUGUGGAGUGAACCAGAAACUGAUGGCUGAAGCUCUGGCAAUGAUAGAGAGCACUCAGCAGGCUCGCUGCCAGCGUGAUAGUGAACAGAUCUCCAGGGAUGGACCUCUGGAAAUCGGCUUCCCUGUUCCUGUGAAGGAUGUGACACCACUUCAGGCCUUGCCAGGAUCAGGGAAAAAAGAGCCACAAGGGAUCUCCUGGGAGACUCCAGUGGAGGGCACAGUGAAGGGAGAGUCUCUCAUAGAAUCAGACUUGGGAGAACAGUCCCAGGAACAGCAGGAGCACCAAGUGCAGUUAAAACUGACCAUUGAAGAUUUUGUCCUGCACAAGAUGCUGGGAAAGGGCAGUUUUGGCAAGGUGUUCCUGGCUGAGCUGAAAAGCACAGACCAGUAUUUUGCUGUGAAAGCCCUGAAGAAGGAUGUGGUGCUGAUGGAUGAUGACGUUGAGUGCACGAUGGUGGAGAAGAGAGUCCUCUCCUUGGCUUGGGAGCACCCAUUCCUCACUCAUGUCUUCUGCACGUUCCAGACCAAGGAAAACCUCUUUUUUGUGAUGGAAUACCUCAAUGGAGGAGACCUCAUGUUCCACAUCCAGAGCUGCCAUAAGUUCGACCUUCCCAGAGCAACGUUUUAUGCUGCUGAAAUAAUUUGUGGGCUCCAGUUCCUCCAUUCCAAGGGCAUAAUAUACAGAGACUUGAAGCUGGACAAUGUCCUCCUGGACAAUGAGGGGCACAUCAAAAUUGCUGACUUUGGGAUGUGCAAGGAGAACAUGUUUGGAGAUGCAAAGACAAGCACUUUCUGUGGGACUCCUGACUAUAUUGCCCCUGAGAUACUGCUGGGGCAGAAGUACAACACCUCCGUGGACUGGUGGUCCUUUGGUGUCCUCCUGUAUGAGAUGCUGAUUGGCCAAUCCCCUUUCCAUGGCCAAGAUGAGGAGGAGCUUUUCCAGUCCAUCCGUAUGGACAACCCCUUCUACCCUCGCUGGCUGGACAAGGAUGCAAAGGACAUUUUGGUGAAGCUUUUUGUAAGGGAGCCUGAGAGGAGGCUGGGAGCGAGAGGGAACAUCCGCCAGCACGCCUUUUUCCGGGAAAUCAACUGGGAAGCUUUAGAAGAGAGAAGGAUGGAGCCUCCUUUCAAACCAAGAGUGAAAUCUCCAAGUGACUGUAGCAACUUCGACAAGGAAUUCCUGAAUGAAAAACCCAGACUGUCCUGUGCUGACAGAGCACUGAUUAACAGCAUGGACCAAAAUAUGUUCAGCAACUUCUCUUUUGUGAACCCUAAAAUGGAGAAAAUAUUUUCCUGAGAUCUGCCUUACUGAAGGAAUUUUCUGUAAUGAUUUGAGUAGCACUUUGUCAACUGGAGACUGUGCAUGGUUGUUUUUAUCAAGAACCCUCAAGAAAGAAAGCACCUCAGUGAAAGUUUGUACCAUGCCUGGAGGCUUCUGACUUUUUCCAGUCCAUAACAGAUGCCAGCCCACUCUUCAUUGAUGAUAAAGUUUCUUUGUGGUAUCUUUUGGUCUCUCUUCUCUCUCUUCCCAAUGUUCUUGA